AACUUCAUAACAUAUGGUUCAUUCGACUCAGAACGUUGCAGUGAAGGCUUACUUUACAUCGUUCAGAAACCGAAGGACUUCAAUACAAAGAGAUAUAAGAUAGGAAGAACAUAUAAUAUAACUCAAAGAUAUGACAGUACAGUCAAUAGAGUCAAGGUUGUGUUCGUUAAUGAUAUGAGAGCUGCAGAAACAGAACUACUUGAAAAGUUUGAGAAAAUGUAUGGUGCUCCCAUGAAAGGUAAAGAAACGUUUGAAGUAGAUGAGAUAGAUAAAGCUAUAAAAUUAUUUGACGAAGUUGCUGAAAAAUACAUGUAA